AUGGCUAUGCAAAGCGGACGUUGGACUUCGCAGGAAAAGGUCCUAUUGGAGCAACUAGUAAAUAGAUAUAGGACAAAUUGGAAUGAGAUAGCCAAACACUUUCCAACACGAAGUGCUCGUCAGAUAAGAGAACACUAUCAGAACCACCAAAAUCCUCAGAGUAGGUGUAGUACGAACGCCGUGAACCCAACAAACACAUGUUUGUAUGAACUAACAUUCCUUUCAGUUGACAGACGAAGAAUAACGCCAGAAGAAUCAAAACAGAUUUUGACAUUUUACGAGCUAUUUGGACCCCAAUGGACUUUGAUUGCCUCCUGUGUAUCAGAAAGGUUUACAGGUGUCAUGAUUAGGAACCAUUGGAACAACCACCAGAGAAAGUUAAGGAGAAACAUCAGAAGUGCUGAGCAUCCUUUUACCACUGGUAACCUAUCCUUUACCUUCUUGUGUUUGGCACCUUUGAAGAGAACGAAUGACGUGCUAAUCUAG